AUGGCGUCUCUUCCCGAUCGGGCAGGGGGGGCUGCUGCUGCUGCGGCGGCGGCGGCUGCUGCUGCUGUCGCCACCUUCUAUUACUUCUCCCAUACCCACCCCAACCCUCGGCUGCAGGGAGUCUGGCUGAUGAGGGCAGGCUGGAAUGACUCGCAGAGAAAGCUUUGGGAGGUCGCCUGUGUGGCACAGGCUUCCGCCCGAUGCGUGGUCCCUGUCUGUCGUAGGUACCGGCUGCAUUUUGAACGGGACAGUCGGGAGGAGGUGGAGAGGAGGAAGAAGGCGGCCCGGGAGCAAGUGCUGCAGCCUGUCAGUGCGGAGGUGCUGGAGCUGGACAUCCGGGAGGUCUAUCAGCCCGGGUCAGUCCUGGACUUUCCUCGACGCCCGCCUUGGAGUUAUGAGAUGUCCAAAGAGCAGCUGAUGAGCCAGGAGGAGCGGAGCUUCCAGGAGUAUCUUGGGAAAAUACACGGGGCUUACACUUCGGAGAAGCUCAGCCACUUCGAGCACAAUCUGGAGACGUGGAGGCAGCUGUGGCGUGUGUUGGAGAUGUCGGAUGUGGUCCUGCUUGUUACUGACAUCCGACAUCCUGUUGUGAACUUCCCACCAGCGCUUUACGAGUACGUGACGGGGGAGCUUGGGCUGGCGCUGGUGCUGGUCCUGAACAAGGUGGACCUGGCCCCGCCCGCGCUCGUCGUCGCCUGGAAGCAUUAUUUCCACCAACACUUCCCCCAGCUCCACGUCGUCCUGUUCACCUCUUUUCCUCGGGAUCCCUGUGCCUCACAUGAGCCUGGUAGUGUCUUGAAGAGGAGUCGGAGGCGGGGCAGAGGAUGGACUCGGGCCCUGGGGCCGGAGCAGCUGCUGAGAGCCUGUGAGGCCAUCACUGCAGGGAAAGUGGACCUGAGCAGCUGGCGGGAGAAGAUUGCCCGGGACGUGGCUGGGGCCACCUGGGGCAGUGGCUCCGGGGACGAGGAGGACGAGGAGGACGGGCUGGCCGUCCUGGUGGAGCAGCAGACGGACUCCGCCCUGGAGCCAACCGGCCCAUCCCGGGAGCGCUACAAGGAUGGGGUGGUGACCAUCGGCUGCGUGGGGUUCCCCAACGUGGGCAAGUCCUCACUCAUCAACGGGCUGGUGGGCCGGAAGGUCGUGAGUGUCUCCAGGACCCCGGGCCACACCCGCUACUUUCAGACCUACUUCCUCACCCCCACGGUGAAGCUCUGUGACUGCCCGGGCCUCACCUUCCCCUCGCUGCUGCCCAGACAGCUGCAGGUCCUGGCCGGGAUCUACCCUGUCUCACAGAUGCAGGAGCCCUACACAUCUGUGGGCUACCUGGCCUCGCGGAUCCCUGUGCAGACCCUGCUGCGCCUGCGCCACCCGGAGGCUGAGGACCCGUCCUCUGAGCACCCCUGGUGUGCCUGGGACAUCUGUGAAGCCUGGGCCGAGAAGCGUGGCUACAAGACUGCCAGGACAGCGCGCAACGACGUGUACCGAGCGGCCAACAGCCUGCUGUGGCUGGCAGUGGACGGCCGCCUCAGCCUGUGUUUCCACCCCCCGGGCUACAGUGAGCAGAAAGGCACCUGGGAGUCUCAUCCUGAGACGGCAGAGCUGGUGGUUUUGCAGGGCAGGGUGGGGCCCGCCGGUGAGGAGGAGGAGGAGGAGGAGGAGGAAGAGCUGAGCAGCUCCUGUGAGGAGGAGGGAGAGGAGGACAGGGAUGCGGACGAGGAGGGAGAGGGCGAUGAAGACACCCCGACCUCGGCCCCAGGCUGUGGCCUGGCUGCCCGCAACCCCUACGCCCUGCUGGGUGAGGACCAGUGCUGAGCGCCCCUCGCGUCGCAGCGCCUUGCCCGGAAGAGAUGUCCCCUCUGCUUCUGUUCGUGUGCACUCUCCGGAGGGAAGUCCUCCACGGCUCCUCCGCCCCUCUUCUCGGCACCUUAGGAAGCAGGAAGGCGGGAGGCGCCGCGCCCCGCCGCCAGGCCCGGUCGUACAGGAGGGAGGCAAGCCGUGCAUGGCUGACCCCUGGGGUGAGGGUCUUCCAGGAGUUCUUCACACCGGCGAGCGCGCUCCGAGUCUGGGAGCAUCCGGACCUGUGCUGAGGGCUGAGUGUGUGAAGAUGCGGCCCGGUGUGGUCGGGACUCCCACCAGGCACCCGGGCUGUGGGUUAAGGAAGCCGUGUAACGUUCUCCAAAUCCUGGGAGCUCACAAAGUAUAAUUCUAGGACUUCCUGUUGAUAAAAGUUUUUAGUUGCAGACAGUA